AUGUGUCCAUUUCGAGACUAUAACAAAGCAGUCGAGAAUUUGAAACGUUUAGUCAUUUAUGUCGACUCUGCCCCAGAAUGUUAUGUCAUGAAAGAAUGGGAUGUUGUCUUUAACAAACCAAGAGCAACCAUAGUUUCAGAACAAGAAUGUAGACAGAAACUUAAGAAAAUAAAAGUCGUACAAGUUGGUAUGAAGAUGUUAGAUGCUUGGGAUAUCUUAUUGUCGAAGUUAGAAGAUUUUUCAGUUCGAGGUAUAAAGUUUUAUACACCUUCUCCAAACUUCUAUUCUAUCUUCACUGGAUAUAAAUACGAACAAGUAGAAUGGAAAGAAAAUAUUAUAGAAGCUUGGUUAGACCAUGUCAAAGAAAUUAUAUGCAAUGGAAACGAAAAGGUUUAUGAGUAUAUCUUAUGUUGGUUUGCAAACAUCUUACAAUAUCCAAGUGCUAAAAAUGAAACUGCUCUCAUUAUAAUUGGAAAACAAGGAACUGGUAAGAACACUUUCUUUACAGAUAUUUUGUGCAAACUGUUAGAGGGCUAUUCGAACCCUAAUAUGACAAACUUAGAAAACAUCUGCGGUAAAUUUAACUCUUCAAUAGAGAAUAUGAAACUUAUAGUAUGUAACGAACUUCAAA